AUGGAAACACAAAACCUGACAGGAAUGGUACAAUUUCUUCUUCUGAGAUUUUCAGAAGAACAAGAAUCACAACCCCUAAUAUUUGGGCUCUUCCUGUCCAUGUACCUGAUCACUGUGCUGGGGAACCUGCUCAUCAUCCUGGCCGUCAGCUCAGACCCCCACCUCCACAUGCCCAUGUACUUCUUCCUCUCCAACCUGUCCUUCGUGGACAUCUGCUUCACCUCCACCACCGUCCCCAAGAUGCUGCUGAACAUCCAGACGCACAGCAAGGCCAUCAGCUAUGAAGGCUGCAUCACCCAGAUGUAUUUUUCCAUCCUUCUUGCAGGAUUGGAUAACUUCCUUUUAACCGUGAUGGCCUAUGACUGCUAUGUGGCCAUCUGCCAUCCACUGCACUACACAGUCAUCAUGAAACCCCGGCUCUGUGGACUGCUGGUUCUGGUGUGCUGGAUCGUGAGUGUCCUGCAUUCCUUGUUAGAAAUCUUCAUGGCGUUGCAACUGUCCUUCUGCAAAGAAGUGGAAAUUCCUCAUUUUUUCUGCGAACUCAACCAGGUGGUCCAUCUUGCUUGUUCUGACACCUUCCUCAAUGACUUGGUGAUCUACUUUUCAGCGGGAGUUCUCGGGGGUGGUCCCCUUGGCGGGAUCCUUUACUCCUACUGUAAGAUAGUUUCAUCUAUACAGAGAAUCUCCUCAGCUCAGGGGAAGUAUAAAGCGUUUUCCACUUGUGCGUCCCACCUCACAGUGGUCUCCCUAUUUUAUUGUUCUGCUAUAGGGGUGUAUGUGAGCUCUACUGGUACCCAAAACUCACAGUCUAUUUCUAUAGCUUCCGUGAUGUACACGGUAGUCACACCAAUGCUGAACCCCUUCAUCUACAGUCUCCGGAACAAAGACAUCAAGGGGGCUCUGAAAAUUCUCACUGGGAAGAAAACAAUGAAAGUACCAUUAUCCUAG